AUGGCUUCAAAUAAGGAGAGAAAAAUCGGUAUUGUUUGCGUUUUUGCGAGUGCCUUGUGUGCGAGAGAUUUAUGGGUGAAUUUGUCGUACCUUCUCUCAAUUAUUGUGUAUUCUUUUGCUUGUUUCCUAGCUCUCAAUAUUCUCCUGGCUUUCAUUAUUUACUGCUUUUUUUUGUUUCAGUUUGGCUCUAGUGUGACUCUCCGUACGUUUGUGUUGAAGCUGAUUAUGUUCACCUGCGCUUCUCAGGCGACAGUGCAAGUGAUGCGGCCCUCGUUUUUGCGCUGCGUGGCUUUGGCGGCUACACUUUUGCUUUUGGUUUCGCUUGGGGAGGCGAAAAUUGUUGUGAGCAGCAAGUCAAAAAAAAUGACGACGGAUGAAAGUUGGAUAACGGCGAAGUGGGACUGUGUUGUGUGUACUUCCAUUGCUGGAUUGUUGUCUCAGCUUAAGCAGUUGCACGGAGUCACUGCGGCGGAUGCGCUUAAAAUGUUUUGUGACUUUUUUCUUUUUGGGACUCUGUUUUGUGUCAUAUUGCCAGUCUUCUGUUUCGCAGUGCUCUGCCUCUUAUCGACGCCAACAAGACCGCGGACGUUGUUUGCCAGACCUUGA